CCGCUGCUGCCCAUCGGCGGAGCUGUCCCUUCAGCACCACGGAACGGGCACGGGGAGCCCGGCGGGAGGAGCGGCUGGCACUGCUCGGCUCGGCGUAAGUUAGCACGGCACUGCAUUGCUUGGCUGGGCAUGACUGGGACAGCACGGCCUGGAACAGCUCGGAGCCAGCCAGCAAUCCCAGCAGAGGACAUGGAGGUGUCCGUGAUGGAGGGGGUGCGCAGGAUGCACGUGUGUGGGUGCAAAGAGGGAGUGCAAAGGGUAAGCAGGGGGAGCGUGACUGGGGAGUGCAAAAGGAGGAGGUGUGCAGGGAGGGGUGUGCAGGGUAAUACGUGUGUGCAGAGGUUGUAUGUGCAAAGAGGGUUGUGAGGCACCUGUAGAAAGGUACAUGAGGGGAAGUGUGGCAAGGUUAGGGUGCACAGUAUGCGUGCAGAGUGUCUGUGUAAGUGCAGGGGAUCUAUAAACCUGCGUGUGUGCUGGGAGUGCAUGCGAUGGAUGAGGAGUCUGCAGAGGGGUCUGCACGCAGGGUUGUGUGCAACAACGCAGAAGUGUGCGGGAGGGAGGUGGGGGUGUUGCGGCUUGCAGGACGGGCUGAAGGAGGGUUGCGUGUGCUUCGUGCGUGUGCAGGGCUCCGUUUGUGCGUGUCAGCGCAGAGGGACGCGGGUGCCGCUGUGCGCGGGGUGGGCGCAGGGAGCGCGGUGCCGCUGGUGCGUGUGUCCGGGUGCGUGUGUGUAUGCGAGCGUGUGUGAGUGUGUGUGUGAGCCCGCGGGUCCUGCGCUGCCAGCACACGGCGGAACGGCCGGCAGAGCGGGAGGAUCCCGGCCCGCCGCUGCCCGCCCUACGCCCGGUGAGUGCCGCCGCGCCGCGACGUGGGACCGGGGCAAACCGGGAAGGGGGAACCGGGAGAAUCGCGGGGCAGCGGGGACAGACCGUUUUCGGGGCCGGUAGCGCGGGGCAUGCAACUUUACCGGGAGGACGGGGGGGUACCUGUGUGGCUGGGGCUGUUCCCCGGGGGGAUGCUGUGUCCUCCGUCCUCGUCCCGUCCCCCUGCGGCCAUGCACGGAGCCGGUGCCCGCAGAGAUGCGCUGCGCUGCCCGGCCCGCCCGCUCACAGCAGCGGCUCAACUAAGUUACCGAGAAGCCAUUUCCGACAGGCAGUUUCCCCGGGAAAGGAAAAUAUCGGGGCAUCAGCUCGCUCUCACCCCUUUUCAAUGCACUCUCUCUUGCAGACGUGGUCCCAGGUAGACAUGGCCGGAGCGCUCAGAGCAGCGUGGCAGGCUCUGCCCUGUUAGCCCCCGGGGAGGCUCAGCCAUGAAUUCCUCUCCCUCCACCCCCGGUGUUCCCCCCAGCCUGCUCCAAUUGUGGCAGGAGGAGAACCAGACCCAGGGCGGGUUCUGGAAUGGAAGCCAGGAGCUGGGCUGGGAUGAGCUGGAGGAGAUGCUGUUCCUCUUCGCCAAAGAGCCCAUCACCAUCAGCCUGACUGCCAUGUACCUCGUGUCCUUCGUGGUGGGCUUUGUGGGGAACAUCAUGUCCAUCAGGGUGCUGACGCGGAAGCGCCGAAGCCGGGUGUCCAGCCUGAGUGCCACCCGCAGCCUCCUCAUCAACCUGGCGGUGUGUGACCUCAUGGUGGUGUGUGUCUGCAUGCCCAUCACUGUGGGCAACCUCAUCUACAAAGCCUGGGUGUACGGGGACUUCCUCUGCCGGGCUGUGCCCUUCAUCCAGGCUGUUUCUGUCUCUGCCAGCGUCCUCAGCCUGACUGUCAUCAGUGUGAAUCGGUACUACAGUGUGCACAACCCACUCAAUGCCCGCUCCUUCUUCACCCAGAAGAGGAUCCUCAGUGCCAUCCUGGUGGUGUGGUUGCUGUCCUCAGGAAUAUGCAUGCCUCUCAUCUUCAUGAACAGACGGGAUGAGAUUGGGGUAGUGGAGGGCUUGCCCCUGGUGUUCUCCAUCUGCAGGGAGAUUUGGCCUCAGGAGAGGCUAAAACAAGCCUAUAACUUUCUGCUUUUCUGUGCCCUUUACUGCCUGCCAGUCCUGUUCAACAUGGUCAUCUGCUUCCUGACGGUACGCCGGCUGUGGAGCCGCAGCAGCCAGCUGAAGGAGAGCAGUGCCCUGAACCGCUCGCUGCCAGCCUCCAGGCUGAAGAUUCGCAAGAAGGUAGCCCAGAUGGUGGUGGCCCUAGUCCUGUUGUUUGCCAUCUCUUGGCUGCCCGUCUACCUGAUGGACAUCUGGAUCGAUUUCAACAUCCCCAAGUCUUUGCAGGAUGUGACCCCUUCUCCUUGGAUCCUGCAGCUCAGACCUUUCGCCCAGUGGCUUGGCCUCAAUAAUUCCAGUCUCAACCCUAUAUGCUAUUGUUUUGUUGGGAACCUCUAUAGAUCAGCCAAGGAAAUUAAGAGCAAAUACCACCAAAGAAUGAUCUCUCUCUUUAACUUCUCUCUGUCCGAAGGGACAACCCGCUCCUCAGUCCUAGAGCUGUUCUCUUACCAGAGCCCAAUGGAGCCUGCAAGGAAAGGGUGUUCCGCCACACCUACCAUGGGCAGGAGGGCCCAGGGAGACCCUGGCACUAAAAACAAGUGUGGACACUUGAAGUCUUGCCAGAACCCACCUCUGAACACUGUCUCCAGUGAGAACACUUCCUUAUGAUUCUGCUCAGGAAGUGCACCUCAUUUCCUCCUCUGCAUUUAAGGACUCUUAAAAGCUCUUUACGAACCAGAUACAUUAAUGACAGAAAAAUAAAACCUUCUUCUAAGCACUCCCACCACCAGCUCAA